AUGGCGAAUCCUAAGCCUCGGUUUCCCCACUUUGUAGAGAGCCCAGGGAAAUUGAGUUACAAACCAGCUCGAUAUAUUCGGAACCCAGGCUGGCGGGGAUGGUAUCAAGACGAUCGGAAACUGCAUGAUGUCAAAGCUUCGAAGGCGUUCAUAUGGCCGAAGGACGGAAGGAACGGCUCGCGCUGGGGUCGCAUGAAAGACGUAUUCAACAAUGAGGGCCCGGACAUGUACGUUGCGUUUGGCGCACGUAAGUCGGAAUGCGUAUCGAACCGUCCUCGCAAAUCUCAAUGGGCCGGACACUACCAUUUGAAUGGGCCACACCAGCCUUUCAGCUUCAAUAGCUCGAAGUACUCCCCGUGGACCAGGGACGAUAUGCUCGGUGGACGAGACAAGGGCAAGAGCUAUGACUUCCGGACUCGAGAGUACACAGAUCCAAGCCUGGAUAUGUGGACAAAUGCUGUUUGGCAACCAGAGCCAUACGGCAACCGCGAAUGGAACUGUUACCCCAAAGCGAUGCGAGACUACUUCGGCGAAUGGCACCACGACUGCCAGUAUCUACCGCUCGGGUUCAAUGGUCUGAUCGACAACGAGUUCGGGAGGGGUUGGCGCUUCCGCUAA